AGGUGUCUCACGUGCAAAUGUAAAUAUUGUUAGUAACUUGUGUUUUCAACACAUAUGAGUAAAAAUUAAUAUCUUUUCGGAAUAAUUUAAUGUCCAGUACGAUUUAAAGUUUUAAGCUGACGAUUUUGAUGUAAAUUCUGAAUUAUCUUGUGAUAAUUUAAUUUCUAAGGAAUGACAAACUAAGCAAGGAAAGAACCAUUUGGCCUAGGCUAAGUGUGACUGGCACUACGUUAUUCAUCAAACAGAAGUAGAAAGUUACCAUACUUUUACUUUGAAAUUUGGUGGUUUAGUUUCAUCGCAAUAAUUUUUCAUUUUAAAAAUGGCCACUACAGUUUUAAGUGAGCCACGUCCUAAAAGAAGAGUUAGCAUACCAAGAAAUGGCCCUUUCCCAAUUCCUCUUAGUCAGUCUGAAGAGAGUGAAGUUUCAAAAGAAGAAACUAAGCCUCAAUUUACUAAGACAGCAUUAUCAUGGAAAUUUUACAGAGGAGAGUUAGGAUCAAGUGGAGUUAAAAUUUCAGAUGAGUCUAGUAUAAAUGACUUGAAUUUUAAGGGAUUUUUUGGAAAAGGAAGUCUCUCCAAAAAUAUUCCCAACUUUCAGAGAAACCAAGAAAUAGUAGAUGGCCUUCCUGUUUUAAGUAAAGCUAGAUACAAAAGGCACCUGGACCAGGCUAAAGAACAUCUAAGACUUUCUGUAGUAACUAAAGAAUCAAGUAAAGAAGGUGUUAAGGUAAUACAAUUAACGGAGGAAGACGAAGAAGAGGAUGACGUUGAGAUGAAUCAGUCUGAAAAUACAUACGUAUUAGUGAGAGAACCCAAUGAACCAGGGUCCUCAGAAGCUGAUCCAAACUUACAGAAAGCAGAAGAUCCACUUCCAGUCAAAGAAUGUUUGCAACUCACUUUUGAAGAGGCUUUCUUUUUAUCCUAUGGUUUGGGAUGUCUGCUCGUGGCAGAUGAAAAAGGAAAGAUUCUUGACAUUCUGACAAUGUGGAGAAGAUUCUGUGAGCUUUCUCAUAAAAAUUUUCCAGCUUUUUAUACAGCCUACCAUUAUUUUCGCAGUAAAGGAUGGAUUGUUAAAACAGGUCUUAAAUAUGGAGCAGACUUUUUGCUGUACAAAGAUGGGCCACCUUUUUAUCAUGCAUCUUACUCCGUGCUUGUGGUAGUAGUGAAGGAAGGAAUCUUGAGGGAGGACAGUGAUAAGGGAAAAGACAGACACUCUACAUGGGCAUCUUUAGCUGCACUCAAUAGAGUUACCUUACAAGUUGCAAAGGAAAUACUAUAUUGUCACGUGAUUCAGCCCAACGGUAUAAAGGAUGAAGACCUUCAGUCACCAAACUGUAUAUCACAAUUUCAAGUUCAGGAAAUUCUAAUGAAGAGGUGGGUAUCAUCUAAAGAAAGAGAAAGUGAAGAACAGGGUGAACUGUAAGGCAAAGAAUUCUUUGUAUCUGUGGAUAUUGUGCUACCAUACAACUGGCAGUACUAGAGGGAACCAACUAUUAAACCAUGAAGUUGUGUAUGUAUAAGAAUGGAAGACUGAUGUAUAAACUCUUCCAGACAAUGUUUUCUAAUAACUUUUAUUUAAUUACAAAGCCUAAACUUACAUCCUCCACCAUGCCCAACAAAGUUAAUAUUAAAAUGUAUAUCUGUAUGUACAUUUGUAUAUAAAGUUUUUAUUUUCAAUAUA